AUGGCGAAGGACUGCCCUCGUGGGAAGGUUCCGAAUGUAGGUUGGAAUCAACAACAAGAUCGGGUGUUUAUUGUGAACGCCAGUGAUGCUACUAAGGCAGAUCCUUUGAUGAGAGGUAACUGUUUAUUUGGUGAGAAAAUAAUUGUUGCAUUUUAUGAUACUGGAACCUCGCAUUCGUUUAUUGCAUUUGAUAAAGUUGAGGAACUAUGGCUGAAUAUGUCAGAAUUAGCUUUCGAUUUGCAUGUGCAUUCUCCGUAUCAGACAGUUGUGACAAGAUCAGGUUGUAGGGAGUACCGGGUAUUAUUGGAUUGCUUUGAGCGAUCGAUUCGGUUUAUGUCGGAAGGAGAAGGAGGAGCAGUGAUAGCUGAGGGUGAUGAACAGAGGUUAGAUCAAAUUCUGGUAGUUAGAAAAUUUCCAGAAGUGUUCCUGGAAGAUAUUCCCGAUUUCCCUCCUCAAAGGGAGAUUGAAUUUGCCAUUACCUUGGUGCCAGGAGCCGGACCAGUCUCAAUUGCGCCGUACCGAAUGGAUCUGAUAGAACUGGUUAAACUUAAGACUCAAUUAGAAGAGCUUCUGAACAAGAGGUUGAUUCGACUGAGUGUGUGUUUAUGGAGAGCGCCAUUUUUAUUGCUGAAGAAGAAGGAUUGA